AUGCUAAUCCAAAAACCAUAUUUGGAUGUUCAGUUCCAACUGGAGCAUGGCUCUGCCGAUUUCAGUGUCGGAGAUGACAUUAAGGGAACGGCUUUUAUUAUCCCACGGAAGAGUAUCUCUCCACAUCAGCUAAGCAUUUACCUUGAAGGCAAAGUCAAAAUACAGAUUGACAGGACCGAAAACGCGGUGCCACUUCCACCGUACACGGCAUGCCAGACUUUUCUUCGCAUAGAACAGCCGCUCGUGCUCAAAUCAUCAACAGACUCGGGACUACUGCAAGGAGGUUUGAGACACGAGAUACCAUUCGGGUUCACGGUUCCUCCAAGGAUAAGAGGCUCGGUCCAGGAAGAGCAUUCACUCCUUCCUCCGAGCAUAGGGCAAGACGACAUAACGCCCAGCGAGAUAUCGGUCGAAUACAACAUAAAGCUCAGCCUGACACGGGGUAUCAACCGAGACGGGAUGCCAGCAGUAGCUGAAUGGGCAUUUCCAUUGUUUAUUCGUUCGCCGCGCAUAGAAGAGGCACCCUUGCUGGUUCCAGAAGACAGCAAGCAUUACUGCCUCAGUAAGGAGAAAUUCGUAUCCAAGUCACCGAUAUCUUUCUCUCGGAUUGGAGCGCUGUUGGCGCGGACGGCGCAGCCAGCCGCUAUUCAACAAGCAAAAGCCAUGGUCAGUUACUUACCAGUCAACUUACAGUUCCAAGCAAUAUCUAGACCACAUCUGCCACAGUUAUCAUCAAUUAUCUCUAGGGACUUCAACCCCGAGCCCGUUGGAGUGGGGAAAGUGCCAAUUUACCGAGGAUCUGGAUUCAUUCACGGCCAGCAUCGCAUCAGGGAUAAUCUAUGGUACCUCAGUAAAGGUGCCAAUCAAGCUGCCGGAGGGUCUGAGCUUGCCGCCUACGUUCAGCUACUGUCUUGUUUCCCGAAUAUACUCUUUGACGGUGACUCUCCGAUUCCACAUAUCAGGGCAAUGGAGCCGAACGAUUAGCCUUCCCUUGACAGUUCCACUUCAAA